AAUACACUACAGACAAGCUCUUUGUUGAAACCGUCGUUUAGUCAACGUUAAGACACCAAAGUGAAAAGUUCAGCGAUUGUUUUUCGCGUAAUUUCCAAACGAAAAACCAGUUUAUCGUUUUAUCAAUUUAAAUCACAAUUUCUUUACUAUUAACAAAAAGCGGUAAAAAAAUGACUUCAACAUCGUUCAGUAUUGGCAUGAGCAACGACCGUAGUUCAAGCCGUGUUUUAAAACCACCAGGCGGUGGCCAUACAAACAUUUUUGGCGAAUCUGAAGUGAAGGUGAAUAGCCCACGUCCAAAAUACGAUCAACAAAAUUCGUCGAAUUUGAAUUUCUGCAUGAAUACCACCGAUGCUAAUAUUUUGGUUGAGCAAAAGAAAAAUGAAAUCGAAACAGUUCAAUCACCACCCAAACCAGCUGAGGUAAAGUCAGCCCGAUCAAGUAGCAACAAUGGUGAUUCGGCGGCUCAACAAUCAUCACCACAAAAAGGUGGCCAAAGAGUUCCACCAGGUGGCUUUAGCAGCGGUGGAUUUUGGUAAAUGUCUAUUCCGUCAUCAUUAAUUUGCAUCUCACAAAUGUUCUUCUUUCCGAUUUAAAACAAAACACCAUUUCAAUGACUACUUAAUAUUUUUUACUCAUACAACUUAAGAUAAAUACAACAACUAACGUGAACUUAGAACUUUAAAUAUUUAGCUUAGUUCUUUUUUUGGUGCGCAAUCGAAUGUUUUUUUUUUCGUUCCUACGUUUUAAACGAUGCCGCUCUCGUUAUUUCUGUUAAUAUCAGCAAUUUUCAAAAACACUCUUCUAAACAAACAUUUUUUUAACAUUGUUGCAUACUACAGUUUUCAUAUAAUAGUUUCGAAGUUAUUACAUUCUUGAUAUAAAAUGUUACAAAUGUUUUUGAUAGUUACUUCGCAUACUCGACUUGUGCUGCUCUUUCAAGUGAUACCAACCAAAUUUUCGAUAUAAAACAUCCAACAUUGUAUUCAAUAAAUACAAAUAAAGGAAAUACAAAUAUUCCGUUUAACCAACCAAA